ACUCCUUUGAGAAAUCUUCUUUAGAUCUUUACCAUAGUAAAUUUGAAAAGUUGAAGAGAUUCUAGUUCUGGAAUGCUUUUUAAGAAUUCUUUUUUACAUAGUGAAGAAACAUUCAAUUUAAAAAUAUUCUACCAUUUUCAACUUUUCAAAGGAGUUGAAAACAUUAGUACAGGACUGAAAUUAUCUGCUGGAAAUAAUUAACAUUUGUGAUGGAUGCAUCCAGUCACCCAUUGGAUGAAAAUCACUCUGAUAUUAGUGAUGCUGGUAGUGAAACUCAUGAUAAUUUAAGUCAAAAUGAUUCUAACGAAGGUUCAGAAUCUGAUAUAAAAUCAGCAGAUUCAGAAGAAAGCAGUCGUGCUAGUUCAUCAGAUGAAUCAGACAAUGAAACUGAAAAAUCUAAAGAACAGAAUGUAGACAAGAGAACAAAAAUCAAGUGUAGCAAAAUCAAUGAUAAUCAUCAGUCUGAAAAUCCACAGAAAGAUGUGGAUAAUUUCAUUGAGAAAAUGCCUGAAGAUUCUUCAAAUACUUCUGAUCACAUUUUAGAUACCUCUCUUGAUCAGUGUAUAAAAGAAACUUCUGUUAUGAAUUUGAACUCUUCUAUGAAAAUAGAAAAAAAUGAUAUGCCUAAUGAUAAAGAAAAAAGUUUAGAAACAUUAGAAUUAGACUUUGAAGAAGAUGAUCAAGAAAAAGAAGAAACAUCUAAGAUUGAAAAUGACGAUAAGAAGGAAGAUGGCGAGAUUAAGCAGAAGUCUCCAUGUAUUCAGUAUGAUAAAGAAAAGGAAAAAGAAGAGGGAGAAGGUGAUGAUGAUGAUGGAGAAGUUUCUGAUGAUGAUGAUCUAGAGGAAGGAGAAGUGAAAGAUCCUAAUUCAAGUCGAAAAUCACAACCAAGACCUAUUUGCAGAUUUUAUAAUAAAGGACAAUGUACUUGGGGUACUUCGUGUAGAUUUAUUCAUCCAGGUGUAAAUGACAAAGGAAAUUACAACAUGUUUGGUCCACCCAGGCAGUAUAGUGUAGGAAUGGGACCACCACCAGGUAUGGGUCCACCACCUGGUCCUACACCAAACCAAAUGGGUCCAAUGUCUUUGCCUCCUAAUGUACCUGAUUACCUUCCUCCACCACCUCCACCUCCAUCUGAUGUUCCUGUUAGUGAAUCAGCAUGGGAACGUGGACUUAGGCAUGCUAAAGAACUAAUGAAGAAAGCCAUUAGGAGAAAAGAGCAAGAACCAGAUUUUGAAGAAAAACGUUUAAAUCUGACUAUAGAUGGAAAUGAUAGUGCAGGAGAGGAGUUUGAUAAAGAGGAUGACUAUUAUAACAGAAGUCCAUCUUAUCGAAGACCACCAGAUGUCUAUAAUUAUUAUAGAUAUGAUGAAAUAAGAGAUUAUGAAAUUCCUGUUCAUGAUCCCAGAGAACAUUGGCGUGCAGGUCGUUAUGAAAAUUUUGAAGUUAGAUGGCCAAAACGAGAAUUAGAGCAACGAGAGCAUCGACAAAAGGAACGAAUUCGAUCACACAGAAGAUCAUAUGAGAGAGAAAAGAUGGGUAGAAGAAGUGCAGAAAAGGAACGAUGGAGAGAAGAUAGAUAUUCUGAAGUUCAGUCAAAUAGAACAAGAGGUGAUGAAUGGAGAGAUCCAUGGAGAAGGUCAAAGACUCCAAAGGGAAGACGUAGUCGUUCAAGGGGGCGUUCCCGGCGAUCAUAUUCAUCUGUUUCUUCUCGAUCAUAUAUAUCACAAUCAUCAAGAUCAUCAUAUAGUUAUUCUCGUAGUUCCUCUUCUAGAAGAUCUUAUUAUUCAUCUAGGAGUCAUUCAUAUUCAAGUUCACCAUCCCCAAGGAGACGAUCGUUUUCACGUUCUCCUCGUAAGCCAAGAGCCAAUGAUAGAAAACGUCCUCCUGCUCCUUCACCAGUUAUUCCAUUGAAAUCUAGGCCAAGGGAAUUGCCUGCAGCUGAACCUAGAAAAUAUAUUAUUCCACCAGUCACUAAGAAACCAAGUGUUGCAAAAAAACCUGAAGCAGUAAGGGGAUAUCGAAGUCCUUCAUUUAGUAGAAGUGAAUCUAGCCAUUCCAUAUCAAGAUCACUUAGUAGCAAAUGGAAAACUGCCAGGUCGAGUUCUUCUCGCUCGCCUUCUCCAUCCAUUUCUCGAUCUGCAUCUCGUUCACCUUCUCGGUCAUUUUCAAGAAGUCUUAGUAUGAGUAGCGUAUCUUCGGCUUCAAGCAGUUUAUCUCAUAGUUCAAGUGGUUCUGAGUCGGUAAAAGCUGGUCCAGUGAAGGUAUCUUCAAAGAAAGAACAUCAAUCUAAACAUCUUCAAGGAAACAUUGAUGCUUCUAAAGAAAUUAAGGAGAAAGAAAAUGAAAAGGAAAAAAGGAUAUCAGAGCCAACUGAUAUUUCCUCACAGGAAAAGAAAAUAUUAGGCAAUAGCACAAAAUUGUCUGCUCGUACAACAGUGCAACCAAAAUCAAACAAAGAUCCAUUGAAACAAACUUCACAUAAACAGCCAAUAAAGUUAACGUUAUUAAAUAAGAAUUCUGAGAAAGCAGUUCUUAAAAGAGAAAAUAAUAGUAAUAAAUUGAGAAUAACAGAAAAAGUUGAUGACCGUAAUAGGGCAACUGCCAUUGUUACUUCAACAAAUAAUAGCCGAAAACGGCAGGCAUCACCUCCAAGGCCUAAUAUUAAAGCAGCUUCUACUCCAUCAGCUCCAGCUGCUAAUGUAGUAAAUACUGUAAAAAAAUCAACUACAUCUAGAAGGGAAGAACUAUUAAAACAGUUAAAAGCAGUAGAAGAUGCUAUUGCUAGAAAAAGGUCUAAAAUGAGUUAGAGACAUUACUAAUGACAAACUGAAAUUCCUGGUAAUUUACGUAAUCACCUGCUCAACUGUCUUCAAGAGAAACUCUUAAUAUGAAAGAAUUAGAAACAGUGGAGCACAAGAUAACAACAGCACAAGCAAGUUCUGUUAUCUUUGGUGUACAGAUUAAAAUCCAGCGAGGUACCAGAUAAAGGUGGACAGCAUCUAAUAAGAUGCAGAUGUGUAGAUGUAAUUGGAAGUUUUUUAUCCCAACGAUAAAAUGUUUUGUACAUGAAAUGGUGGAAUCGUUUAGGGCUGAUGUAGUUAUUUCAUCAGAACUUAUCAAAAUGCCGGAUGCAAUUUUCUGUUACAUUUUCAGUCACCACAAGAAAUGUACAUAGAUCAUAUGUUUUGUUUUGUCUUAAUUUUUUUUUAAUUAUAACAAUAAUAAUGUGCUAUUAUUAUUGUUGCUACCCAUCUUCAUAAUUUGUUAGUUUUUAUUCUCUUUAUUAAUUCUUUUUUCGUGUUUAGGUUUAUGAAAUUGAUGAGAAAAACAAUAUUUGGUAGAAAGUUAACAGCUUAAAUUUAAAUUCCCUGUCUGUUUCUAUUGAAUUCAUCUGUUAAAGUAAACAUCGGUGUUUUCAAGUCACAAAACAAAAAUUGUGAAUAUGUACAACUCACAAAAUGUCAAUUCAACUAAAUCAUUCAAUAAAACUUUUAAAAAAGAAUUAUUAAAUCUUUAUUCUUUUCAAAAUUAUUCUCAAUUAUUAAUUUACAUGUUGAACAAAAGCCAAAGAGAAAUCAUAUUAUUUUGAGUUUGCUUAUUAAUUUCCAAUUAAAAAAGCUAAACUGAGAAUUGUUUGCAGUAUAAAUAUAAACAGGAUAUGUAAAAUUGUUAGUUAUCCAUCUUAGAUUUUAUGUACUGGGAGUUAGCAUAACCUGUGCUAAUAUUUUAAUUUUUUUUAUCCAUAAGAAAAUUCUUUAUUCUGUAGUCAAAACCUUUUACAUAAUUUCUAAUCAACAUAAAGUAUCAGUGAAGCAAAAUUCAGUUAUUUGGAUGUGAAAAGUUCAGAUAAAUAACCAUAAAAUAUUCAGUUAAGCAUAUAUAUUUUUAAUGUUUUCAACAUUGUAAAAUGUCAUCUUCAGGUCAAACUGUUUGCUUCACUGAUAACUUUGUGGUAUAUGCCUUUAUACAUUGAAUAUAAAUGUUUUAUUUUAUUUGGCAAAAUUUCUAUUUUCUGUUUACUAAAAUUAGUUAUGAAAUGGAAUUUUUUUAAUGAAUGUUUUAGCUUCAUUUAAGUUAAAUUCUUGUCUCACUUCCAAUUAUUACAUUCAGUAACAUAAUGAUUGUGAAACAGAUUAGUACAGGAUGGUCAAGAUCUAAACUAUCCUAUAUAUUAUAAGACUAAAUUGUACUGCUUAAAUUAUUUUAUUCAUUUAAAUAUUUGCAAUAAAAUUUCCAUAAAUAAGAUAUUUGGCAUCCUAAUCAGAAAGUAUCUCUAUUUUUAUUAAAAUUAAAAUAAAGUAGGGAUCUCCCAAAAUGAAUGCUGCUAUUAUAAAUUACUGUAAUUAUAUUAAUUAUUAUCCAAAAAGUAUGCAAUGUACAAAAAUUGAUAGAGAACUGUUCCAAGUUUUAUUUCCCAUCUGCAUUCAAAUGUCUUGUCUACUGCCUCUAGGAAGCACUGUAAAUGAAAAUGGCCACUCUUCAAUAGAGAAAGCAUUUUGUGUUCUGUAGUUUGCAAAGUCAGAAUCAUUCACUAUUGUGCAUUAUGAGUAAUCUGCAGGAGCUGCAAAAUUGCACCUGUUGUGGGAGGAGUGACAACAGGUUUGC